GGACUACCAAUUACUUAUUGCAUGUUAGCAAAUUCAUUAUUAGCAUUUAGCAACAAAUUAAAACAGCCUAUAGCAUUCAUUGGUUAGCGAGCUCGUGGUGUGUUGCACAUGGACUGAAGUAAUGACUCCACGAGUUUACCGAAGAAAAGUAAAGCUAGUUAGCCGUAACGUUAUCAGCUUCGGCUCAGUUUCAACUUCAAGCUGAACAAUGUCAAGCUCAAUCAAGCAGAGGCAUCCUUUGCAUAAAGUGACUGGGUGGAGUGCCAACAUGCAGAGUUUGGUGGUGCAGGCACUUGCCAUGAGGCAGCUAGGAAGGCUGAACCCCCGCCAUCUUCUGGCUGCUGGAUAUGGACUGGGGCAGACUGAAUGGUGUCCCAGGACCAUCCACACACGCCAGCUGUGGGGCUGCUCAGCUUUCCCCGCCCUUGGCUGUCACAGGCCUGCUCUCCGUGGCAGAGAUGCGGUCAGGGGUUGGUCUGUUCAUCAUCUGAGGUUUAAAAGCAACAAGAAGAAAGGUGCUGCUAGGACAGCACAGGCGGAUGAGGAGGAAGAUGAGGAGGAAGAGGAUAAAAAAGACCCCGAGGACAGUGAUUAUGAAGAUGAGGUGGAUGAGAACCCAAAUCUACCAAAGGACUAUAAAGACAUGGAGAAAUAUGUGCAGUCUUUUCGCUAUGAUGUCAUCAUGAAAGUUGGCCUGGACAUGGCACGCAAUAAAAUUGAGGAUGCCUUCUAUAACAACAAGCUCAGGCUAAAUGGACAGAAACUCAUCAAGAAAAGUAAAACUGUAAAAGUUGGGGACACCUUGGACCUGGUACUGUCUGAAAACAGAGAAAAAAACACUGUUACUCUGAUGAGAGUCAUCCUCCAAAGGGUUUUUGGUGAAUCCAGUACCACCGAAAAGUACAAAGUUGCCAUAAGGCGCUGGAAAUGUAUAGAGCUUUCCAAAGAUGAUGCCUUUAAACCAUGAACUUGAAUAAGACAGUAAUACCAUUUGCCAGUGAAGGCGACAAUAGCUGCAGAAAUGAAUGCCAUCAAAUGAGUGGCAUUUGAAUGGUCUCCAAAAAGUUGGCUCUUGUAUGGUUUACAAAGCAGUAAUGUAAAGGUUAACGGUUUUCAGUUGUUGUAGACAUUAAAGGGAUGGAUUGGACAUUUUGAAGUGGGGUUGUAUGAGGUACUUAUCCAUAGUGUAUUACCUACAGUUUGGAGAAGCAGGCAGGAGGACUGACACAGAAGCAAAGUAAUGUACUGCUGUGGACAGGAGCAGUAGUAAAAACGUAUUUAGCCUGUCAGACAGCCUAUCCUUUGGCACUGCAUUUUCCCGUGUAACUUCCGUAUUCUAUGCAUAAACGCAACUGUGCGAAGCCCUGUAUUCUGCCGCAGAUCAGCUGUUUGGGUCAGACGAGAGAGAGAGAGAGAGAGAGAGAGAGAGAGAACUGACUAUGGAUAGGUGCCUCCUAAACGUGAAAAUAUCUGAACUAUCCCUCUAAGCAGUUGGGAGAAAGAUUUUUAAUGUUGACCUUUCCCCACUACACUGUGAC